AUGCCAGCUCGGACCACCCAAAAACCUUCCGCUCUCAUUGGGAACGUUCCGGUUCUAGACGGGAACUCGGUUGGCUUUCCAGCUUGGCGCACUCAACUCGAGGAACUAUUUGCCAUCCAGGGGGUGCACAAUAUUGUUGUUGGCAAGCUCGCUCGACCGGAAGGCAAUUAUAAAGACAAGGAUUCUAAACCCGUUACGCAGGGCUCUCAGCGUAUCUACUUUGCCAAAGAAUCUGGGUCUGAUUGGGAUACACUCUUGGAUGUAGCUUGUGCGACCUUAAAAAUGACGCUCUUGAUCAAUCUAGCAAUCAGAUACAAGGAUCUCAAGCCGGUCAAUGUAUUGUUCAAGACUAAUAGACUAUCUGCGACGCAUAUGAAAAGAACACCCGCACAAGACAAAUGA